AUGGGCCAGGUCGCACGUCUGUUCACGUUUCUCUGCUGGACCCUUUCCGCGUCCGUGUAUGUUUCGGGUAAACAACCGGCGUACUUGGAACAGGGUUUCUUCUUCGACUUCAACCCUGCAGGCACUAGCAUUCCCAUCCCCGUCACCAGUAAUCGCUUCCUCUCGCGUCUUUUGCGAAUUAGGCUCACCGUGUUCAUGCAGCACAAUGUGACACAAUACAUAUCUCCUGGGAAAGAGGCCAGGCAACGGGGCCUAACCCAACAGCGCCAUAUUUUCUCUCAAUAUACACUUCUUGCAGCAGGCUCAGGGACUAGUUUCGACUUCCCAGUCCCAUUCUAUCCUGGUACACAGUACCAGAUUUGCAUGUCAUUCCCUCUGAAGUUCGAUACCAAUGGCGUUACGGGAGGAUGCCAAGACAUAUACACAGUCAUAGCAAACACGUCCUCAUUUCAUCCCACCUGUAACAACGUCACUUUUCCUGCCGGAGCCAUGGACGUGAAGGCUGCAGUGUCCACCGGCUCAUUCUCGCAAUAUGGAUGGAUUGAUCAAUGUCAAGAUAUAUACAUAACACCUCAAAAUGGCACGCCGCCUUAUACUCUCACUAUCGCUCCCACUCUUCACCCCCCUCUCAACAUCACUUCGGACUCUAUGGACACAAUUGACUGGAAGGUCUCGCUGACCUGGGGAUUUUCAUUUUUUAUAUCCCUCGUAGAUUCACAAGGCAACAGAUGGUCACAAGGACCACUACACAGUGGUGGAAAUGGACCCACAGAUUGUUUGGAUUUAAAUGCUGGCGAGAAGACAGUAGCAUCAUCGGUAGCGGUGGGAUCGGGCGUUGGCGGUCUCGUUCUUGGUCUCGUCGUCGGCGGCCUUGCAGCCUUCCUAUGCUAUCGCAAACAUUCCCACCGCAAAACUAACUUCGCCCGACAUUCUAACAAUUCAAAUACUCAGCUUAAUUCGCGGUAUGACGACUACCCUUCUGCGGACGCCAUCGGGCUCGAGCACGGUGGCCUUUCCCUUGCUCUUUCCAACUCCCAUUCCGCCCGCGAAGCCACCUCCAGCAGCCGGCGCACUGCCACGACCACGACGACAGGUUCGCUAGGCCAGAACUCAAGCUAUCACAUCGAGCCCUUCGUUCUUCCGUCCGAGCGCCCAACCCCCCAUAUCCAUACACAUUCUCUCAGCGAUCCUUUAUCUCCAUUACUUUUUCCUCCCGGAGCCGCGACAAGCGCUACACUUCCCCCCCGAGCGUCCCCGUCCGCCGCUCUCUCCCCAUCCGCCCAUCAACGGGAGGGCUCAAAUCCGGCGACUCCCUCCGACGCAAGACCAUCAGGUUCCCAUGUCUACGUCGUGCAUCAUGACGCAGGGCGACCUCCUGUCACUGUAUACACCGACAGCGGCACGGAGGUGGUCGAGCUCCCUCCGCGAUAUAUGGAUGACCGAGCGCCGUCGCACCAGCCUACGAGACAGCCCGGCGCAGUCCCGCGGAAAGCACUACGGACGGGCCAGUCGGAGUCAAGUUGA